UUUAAGAACACGCAAACAGAUAUAUGUUUGACACAGCUAUAUAAAAAUGGCGAAGCGUUUUCUAACGAAAAGUUUUGCUUUUCUCGUAAUAUCGGUAUUGUUGACGGUAUUAAUGAAAGACAAGAUCGCGGUAGCCCAGAUUUUGUCAGGGUUCGCAACAUUGAUGACGGGGAUUACCAACUAUAGAAGCACUUCCGGUGCGUUUAGCGAAUUUACCACAAUGGGCGUUACUGUAUGCGCAAGGGAGUGCAGCUUGACGUCCGAUUGCGAGUCUUUUUUCUACAACACGCAAGACAAAUUGUGCCAGCUUCACGAUAUUGUCUUCGAGAACAAUGGACCAAAUCUAACUUACGUCAGUCAAACGUACCAUUACAGAAUGAACGCACUGGUACCAACGUUCACCUGCCCAUUAGCACCGCCUGGUGUUAGUUACAAUGUAGUUUUGUUGCAAGACAAGACGGUUUAUACGUACAGAGUAGUGUGGGAUUAUGUGGAAAGAUUCGCUGCGGAUGCUGCCUGUGUGGCUGAUGGUGCGAGACUGGUUAAAGUCCUGACAUUAGCGAAAAUGCAAGCACUAGUGACUCUCUUCACUACAUGCCCAGGUUACAAUCAUUCAGGUAACUACUGGAUUGACGGUAGUAAUAUGAACGCUACGGACGUGUAUAACAUUACACAGUGGACGACAUCCGAUGGUGAACCAUUGCCGACAACUAACCAGUUCUGGGCUCCGGACUGGCCAGAGUAUACGAACGACCACUGUGUAGCACUUUGGUCAAAUCUCGGCGAAGAGCCAAAUUUCGUUGGAGGGUGGGUUUACAAAUGGGUUAACCCUCCUUGUUAUUACCUUAAUUACUAUAUUUGUGAAAAAUGAGAAACAGCUUGUGACAUCUUACAAAAUAAGAUUACUAGCAUAUACCAAAAAUAUGAUGUGAAAAUGUUGUUUUUGUAAAGACGUUUUCAAAGAUUUUAUACCAUCAAUCUGUCAAGUGUACCAAUUUAUAAAUGUGUAAAAAUGUAAAGUAAAACACUGUUUGACAUUGUUCUUGUGUGCGUGUAUGUAAAUGCCGUUUUCUAAAAAAAAUUGUAUUUCAUGAUCUUAUCUAUGGUCUUUUAAAUGUAUUAUGUCUUUCUCUGCAUGUUGUACUAGUAUUUGUAUAUUUUUUUCUCAUUCUUUACACAUGAUCGUAAAAUAUGCAAAAUGUUUCCAGCAGUACAGGUACUCAUUUUCAGCUAUCUUUGGAGUAAUUUUUGUACAUACGUUAUACUCGAGUAUACAUACCAUUCUUUCUACUCAGCGCUUUGAGGUUAAGAAGUAAUUGCUAUUUUAGUGCGUUUAUACGGGUAUAAACUACAUUGAGACUUCAUGCAAAUCAAUGAAUCGCGCUUUGCAUGAAAUCCCAAUACCCGUAUAAACGCUAGCGCGAUUCUUGGAUGAUUUGCAAAAAGUCCCAAUGUGGUUUAUACUCGUUUAAACGCAUAAAAAUAGCAUUCAGUUGUUAAGGUAAAGAAGGCGUAAUGAGCGGAAAUUUCAAAAACAAGUUGCAUCCUUGAUAACAUGUUUAAAUAGUAGCAAAAGCUGAUAUUCACCCGAUGUACAAUUAUUUAAAAGAUCAAAUGCACACUUUUUACGCAAAUGGCGUCGAAAAAUCAAGUUUUAGCCCAUCCCGCUAGAUAGCGCUUGACCUUAAGGUAGCUUGCUACAAAAACAAGUUGUUUGCAUUCCAUGAGUAUAAGAUUAAAAAAAAAUUAAUAUCAAUCUUUUCAACAUCUAAAUCGAAGAGCCAAAAAAGGACCCGCCCACGUUCAACUGUAAUUCGCCUUCCGACAAAAAAUACAGUUCCUGGGUUUUAUUUGAAAAAUCAUACAGUUGUGUAAAUUCACUGUUAAUCUUUACCGUCAGAAAUAAAAUGGUUUAAGCUAUAAUAUGAAGUUUUGGAAAUUUUAUAUCAAGUUUUGAAACAAUUUUUGAACUACGCCAAUUUGUUAAUUUUUGUGAAUGAAUUCAGAUUACGCGCGCAAUCUCGCGGAAAGGGCUGUCCUUGAUAUUAUUAUACAAAUGUUGUUUAUACGAACAUAAACGCUUUUCCUUUUCAUGUAUACUGAAUUUAGAUAUUUCAAAGUGUCUUAGAAGCUGCAUUGACUAUGCUGAC